ACACACCUUUACUCAUGCUCACACACACGCUCACAUAAAAGGUUUCGGUCUGUGGUCCUGCUCUCAGCUCAGUGUUGAGUGAGCAGGUGAUGUGCCAGGACUUCCAUUUAUCCACAGAGGACUGCCUGUUUCUCAAUAAUAAUAUAUAUAUAUUUUUAAAACACACACACACACACACAGGGGAGGAUUUGAGUUGCUUUCUAAGUAGAUUGUUUACAAAAAAAAAGAAGAAAAAGAAAAAAAUAUAGAGAAAAGAACGAAAAAAAGAAUGUCAGGGAGCUCUGUAACCAGCUCCUUUGCUGUAGCAGACUAUGUGGUUUUUGCGGUCAUGCUGCUGGUGUCCGCCGCCGUCGGGGUCUACUUCGCCUGGACCGACAGGAGACAGCGCAGCGCCGGGGACUUCCUGACGGGGGGCCGCAGGUUGACCGCCCUCCCCGUCUCCAUGUCCCUGUCUGCCAGCUUCAUGUCGGCCAUCACGGUGCUGGGAAACCCAGCCGAGGUGUACCGCUACGGAGCCAGCAUCGCGUUUUACGCCGUCUCCUACGUAUUCACAAUGCUCAUAACCUCCGAGGUCUUCCUGCCGGUCUUCUACAAGCUGAGCAUCACGAGCACGUAUGAGUACCUGGAGCUGCGUUUCAACAGAGCGACCCGUCUGAUGGGAACCAUGCUCUUCAUUGUUCAGACAAUUCUUUAUACCGGAAUUGUCAUCUACGCUCCGGCUCUCGCUUUGAACCAAGUGACUGGUCUAGAUCUGUGGGGCGCCGUAAUUUCAACGGGAGUGGUCUGUACUUUUUACUGUACAAUGGGUGGCUUAAAGGCAGUGGUGUGGACUGACGUAAUUCAGCUUGCCGUCAUGUUUGCGGGCUUCCUCACCGUCAUCAUCCGGUCUGUAGUCUUACAAGGCGGAGUCAUCAACAUCAUAUCUGACUCACAGCAGGGAGGAAGACUAAAUCUUUUGGACUUUGAUCCAAACCCGCUGAGGAGACACACGUUUUGGACUCUGUCUAUCGGAGGGGCAUUCAUUUGGCUCAGUAUCUAUGGGAUCAACCAGGCACAGGUUCAAAGAUACAUCGCCUGCAAGAGCAUGACUCAAGCCAGACUUUCCUUGUUCAUCAACUUGUUGGGGCUUUGGUCCAUUUUACUGAGCUCAGUGUUCGCAGGAAUGUGUCUGUUCUCAGUCUAUAAAAGUUGUGACCCCUGGACCACCGGACUUAUUUCUGCUCCUGAUCAGCUGAUGCCAUAUCUAGUGAUGGACAUCUUGGGCGGCUAUCCUGGCCUUCCUGGACUGUUUGUUGCGGCAACUUACAGCGGAUCUCUGAGCACUGUGUCUUCCAGCAUCAAUGCACUUGCCGCAGUGACAGUUGAGGACAUCAUAAGACCAUACACCAACUUUUCGGAAACGCGCCUGACCUGGAUAUCAAAGGGAAUGAGUUUUUUCUAUGGGAUUUUAUGCAUUGGAAUGGCUGGACUGGCCUCUUUUAUGGGAGGAAUCUUGCAGGCAGCCAUCAGUAUUUUUGGGAUCAUUGGUGGCCCUUUGCUUGGUCUGUUCACGCUGGGGAUUCUAUGUCCACUGGCCAACUCUAAAGGAGCUUUAUCAGGCCUUUUCUCAGGCAUGGCGUUAUCUCUUUGGGUGGGUAUUGGAGCUCAGAUAUACCCUCCGUCCAAUGCCUUGAGUCAACCUCUACCUCUAUCCACUGAGGGAUGCAAUUUCACUACGGCCCAUGGCUCGAAUUGGACCUCCAGCACUUUACCAAUUCAGAACUUCACAUCAGUGGCUCCAGUACACCAUGGUGACAAGUGGGUGCUGACCGACCUGUACUCUCUGUCCUAUCUGUACUUCAGUCCAUUGGGAACCAUAACAGCGAUCACCGUAGGACUGGUCGUCAGCAUCUUGACAGGAGGUUACAACCUCAAAGUGGAGCCGAGCCUUAUCUUAAAGAAGGAAGACACAACCAUUUACCAUUUCAUCAAAACGUUUACAGGGAGAAUCAAGCGUCGAAGUGGACAUCUGGACCUGAAGAAGGACAGAGAGAUGACAUUCGGCAAUGCUAAUCCCGCUUUUAGCGAUUUUGAGCUGGACCUUGCAAAAAGUGGACUUUCUUGAUGAAAAGAAACCAAUCUUUGGUCAACAAUUUGGAGCGUUUAAUUAUUUUUGUCUAGUCUCAUCAAAAAGAAUGGCAGUAAAGAAUGACAGAAUAUAUAGGAUUGGUAGUAACUGUAAUUAUAUUUUCUGAAAGCUUUGGUUUCCGGGUUCUUUUGUACAAUCGAGAGCGCUUAUACCUGCCGUUUGUACAAAAUGUACACAAUUCAAGCAUUGUUUCACAGACUGGCCAAAAUCUUACACCAUAGAUAGUCAUUGCCAAAGUAGUGUGUGUUUGAGAGAAAUCAUACCCAUUCCUCAGCAUGCUUACUUCGUGUACCUGUCAGGAAUGCUUUGAUAACAUACAAAAAUACUCUGCUGGACAGCUUGUUUCAUUCUAGUGCCAUUCAGAGUAGGUUCUGUACACAAGAACUUCUGGUGACAUUAGGAGAUCGUCUGAAUGAACAGUUUCAUGUUAAUUGUAAGCAGACACACUGGGGGAGAGGGGGCAGGACCUGUUUCUAGGUUUUGGUGAUCUGUCUAGAAUGAUCAUGUCACCUGUUGCUUCCUGCAGUAAUUUGAUGACAGGGCAGUUUUUCUUUCUUUACCCCAAUGAAACCGUCUGCCGGUUAUGUUUUUGUGAUUCAAGACAUUUCCACUCUAAAUGUUAUGUAAUUUGAUGAUUGUACAAUGACUGAGUAUUCCAUAAAGGUUUGAGAAACCCA